GGAGAGAGAAGGAGGUGUGGAACAGAGAGAGGAAGAGGAUAGAGCAGUGUGUCCCAAUCAAGGCGUAGAUUAGACCGUUUUUGAGAAGGAAUCUGAACUUUUUAACUGUUUGUUUGUCUGGGGCAAACAUAUGCUUUCUCUGAAUCGAUAUGAUAAAGAAACAGCUAUGUAACGAUUGUGGGAAAAUGUUAUCAACCAGUUCCCUCCCUCAAGUCUUAUAUGAUUGGGUACUCAGUCCUGCGUUCACCAUUUUACUAUGAGAUUAUUCUUUAGGCUAUGUAUAGUACCCAUUAUGAGAUAUUCCAAACAGAUCACCAUUAUACAAGUCAGUAUUCAACGUCCGUCUAUGUCUGAGGAUGUCGGGAGAUGACGUGAAAACGGGCCACUAGGGGGCAACAGUAAGCGCAGUAGGUUUUGGUUUUGCGAGGGUGUUGUGGGCGAGGAUGAGCGUAAGCAUCUGUCUCUGAUUCCAAAGUUGGCAAGUUUGAAAAAAAAACUGUUUGUUUCUUAUAUUUUUGUUAUAAGCCUAUAUCAAACCUUAACCCUUACAUUAACCAUUCUGAGUUAAUGCCUAAUCCUAAAUCAGUUAAUGCCUAAAUUUAACCAUAACCUUAUUUUUUUUUUUUAAUUUGAUGUUUGGAACCACAUCGAAAUUUGACUUUUGAGAAACACGGAUGAGCGUCUAAUUCUGACGUGAGACUGUGAGAGCUUAUUGGAUAUUCAACCUUGGUUUCACUGCUGAUUUGAAACUAUGUGAUGUAGCUACCGUGGUGAUAAUAACCUUAAUUUGAUGAGCUUGUACAAAAAAUUGCUGAUGCGACAAGUUUUCCAGUCGGCCCACUAAUGUUUUUUUUCUCGUUGAGAUUCAUCUAUCUUAUUUGGUCAGUUCAUUUAAAUCCAGUUAAGGCAACCUGUUUUUGUCCAAUUUAGUAACAAGCAAACAAUCUCCUAAUUAGCUCAUGCUUUGUGAUGACACAGCAGGGAAUCAGGCCAUAUCGCCUGUCCUCGUUUAGUGUUUGUGAGGUCACAGAUCAAAAAAUGCUGAUACACACCUGCUGAAGACCCACCAACACCUCUAACUAAGAGAGAGAAGAGAAGGAGACAGAGAUAGAUAGACAGAGACAUUCCCAUGUCCAGUGUGCAUGUCAUAAAGCAAAGCUCAAUAUUAGUUAAUAAAUUACAGAAGAAAAAAGGGAGAGAGAGAGAGCGGGAAGAGAAAAAACCUAAUAAAUUACCGUUAUCUCCUUAAUGAGACGACAUUAAUUAGGGUCUCAAGGUCUGGCGGAGAGCAGGGUGAUUUAUCGAGCAGCUCUAACAGUGUGGGAAUUAGUCUAAUUAGGAAAGAGAUGGAGAGCUGAUUUUCACUUCAUAAAAAGCCCAUUGUUGAACCCAAACCAUUUAUCAGAACCAGGGUUGCCCGGCUGAGACGUGAGUACAUGAAGAGUUGGGAGCUCACACAGUGUCCAGGUGGUGUAACUUGUCUGUGGAUCUUUGGCGGAAUGUCAAUUGUGUUUCCUUGAAUCCUUGUGUCCUCUCCUCACGCCCUUCACUUACUUCCUAUUGAAAACAUCAGAGGAUUCAAGGAAAGGAAACCUGAAAUGAAGGAUCAGACUUAGAGACAGUCGUCAUGUUGGCCAGACAACCAUAGACGUACAUCUGCUCUAUGUUGGUACCAAAGGUAUCAGGGGGACAGUUGUAUUAAAGCUAUCGUACAGUAGUAUUAUAGUUUUACACAUAGUUUGCCAAUACAUAUGUAGGAUCUUAAUUUGAGCAUUUUCUCACAGCAUGAAAAUAUAAUUAUUCUUUGGAUUAUAAUUUAUAGACAUUUUUUGUAGGGGUUGAUACAUUUUUUAGUUAGGGCAUAUCUGUAAGGGGUGCGUAACCGGUGGCAGGGAAGUCAGACGCAGGAGAGCAGAACUUGGUAAUAGCCAGAGCAGUUUAAUAGCAAAACCCACGGCAUAAAAAUAACAAGACAUUUGGGUUCAAAAGCCCGUCGUGCCCCAAUCAACACAUGCACAAGCACUUACAAUAAACAAUCCCACACAAAGAUAUGGGAGGAACAAAGGGUUAAAUACACAACAAAUGAUUGAGGGAAUUGAAACCAGGUGUGAGGAAAAACAAGACAAAACACAUGGAAAAUGAAAAGUGGAUCGAUGAUGGCUAGAAGACCCGAACAAGGAGAGGACCCGACUUCGGCGGAAGUCGUGACAAUAUCAAGUCUGACAUUUUAAAAUGGAAAUUACAAACUUUAGAAGCCUUUUUAAACCUUGAAUACACUUCAAGUUUGCAUUUCCUGGAAAUGUCCUUCAUAAACAGGGAGAUCAAAUUAUGUGUAGUGUUUAGCAUUGUGUCUGACCUGCUCUUGGCAGUGAUUCCUCUCAGAGUUACCAAAAACUGUGUGUGUGAAGCAACAUGUCCUGUAUCCAGAAUGUUAUCACAGAGUCUCAAGUUCAGGAGGAUAAAUAUUCUGGAGGAGGCAAUGCACAUGUUGUUUCGUAGAAAUAAGCGACUGUUUUAUAGAAAUAAGCAACAGUUUUAUAGAAAUAAGCAACUGUUUUAUAGAAAUAAGCAACUGUUAUAUAGAAAUAAGCAACUGUUUUAUAGAAAUAAGUGACUGUUUUAUAGAAAUAAGCAACUGUUUUAUAGAAAUAAGUGACUGUUUUAUAGAAAUAAGUGACUGUUUUAUAGAAAUAAGCGACUGUUUUAUAGAAAUAAGCAACUGUUUUACAGAAAUAAGCGACUGUUUUAUAGAAAUAAGCAACUGUUUUAUAGAAAUAAGCACCUAAAGUGAGGGUGGCAGCACAGGGGCAAUAUGAUUUCUGAUUUCUCUGCAGUGCAGGUUGGAGGAACUAUCAGAGUGAGCUACCUAAUGGAGCCAGGUCAGAAUCCUGCCCUGUGCAUACAGAUUGAGAUAUGGGAGGUUGUGUCCCCUGCAGUCUGGCCAAACUCUGGUCAAAUAGAAUCACUCCUCCCUGUGGACCCGCCCUCCUAUUAGACAAACGGAGAAACUCUGGGUCUGUGUUUGACCUCACACACACCAGCCCACUCUCUGGAAUGGAGAGAGUUUUUUUUAUGUGUGUGUGUGUGUGUGUGUGUGUGUGUGUGUGUGUGUGUGUGUGUGUGUGUGUGUGUGUGUGUGUGUGUGUGUGUGUGUGUGUGUGUGUGUGUGUGUGUGUGUGUGUGUGUGUGUGUGUGUGUGAGAUUUACUUUUUUUGACUGAUUCUGCUCUUGAAUGCACCUCUGCGAGAUCAGACAUGCAGGUCCUUAUCAGCAGGUUGAACAAACCCUGAGGACCAGUAACCCAGAGAGAGUCAAUAAACUGCUGACUGACUGGGACAGCAGAUCACUGCAGACCUGCGUUCAAACACUACUUAAAAUCUUUUCAAAUACUUUAAACGUUUGUUUUACUGCGCCUGGAGUGCCAGGUGAUGCAGAUGUGCACUUUUGGGACUAUUCUAUUGGUUCCAUUGCACCAGGUAAGCUUAAUGAAGCGGAGAUAAUGUAUUAUAAAUGAUUUUGAAUACUAAUUGAACCCAGGUCUAGAUCACACAGGGAACACAUGGCAUGAGAACCAACCCCAACCUUUAAGGCUCCUGUCAUGUAGAUCACAGCCCAGAGCCGUGGUAAUGAUUGAAAAAUAUGCCUGUAAUGACGAUAAGCUCUUUAAUGUUUCCUAAACUCCGCCGGCACUAACGUUUAAGGCCAGAGAUCUAAUUAAUUAACUGAUCAACUUUGACUUUGUAGUGCAAUGCGGGCCGCUCUCUCAGAACGACUCAACCACCUGCCUGUGGGGACUUGCAGGGUGUGUGUGUGUGUUUCUGUGUGUGUGUGUGCGUGCGUGCAUGCGUGCGUGUGUGUGUGCGAGCGCGCGUGUGCGUGUAAGUGUAACGGAUGUGAAAUGGCUAGCUAGUUAGCGGGUACGCGCUAAAAGCGUUUCAAUCGGUUACGUCACUUGCUCUGAGACUUGAAGUAGGGUUUCCCCUUGCUCUGCAAGGGCCGCGGCUUUGUGGGGCGAUGGGUAACGACGCUUCGUGGGCGACUGUUGUUGAUGUGUGCAGAGGGUCCCUGGUUUGCGCCCGGGUCGGGGCGAGGGGACGGUCUAAAGUUAUACUGUUACAUAUGCAUGUCCGUUACGUGUGUGGUGUGUUCAAGACAAGGGCAAGUACUCCUGUCUUUGUGAGCAGGCAUGCCAGGGUGUGUUUGUGAGUCCAUCUAGCCCUACAUGGCCAGCAGGACACUCUGGGCUUCUUAUUAAAAAUUAUUCAGACACCCCUGUGCUGUUAGGAGAUACAUCAAACCAAGAGGGCAGGCUAAAUGAACUGAAAUAGUCCUAUACAGUUUCUAGGGCCUUUAUACCUGCUGACAAUGUUGACACAAAACAAACACAGAGAAAAUCUUAAUUUGAGAUUGUGUGCAUAACUCUUAAUUCCGUGUAAAUGUCAUUUUACACCCACAGAUGUCAGGAUAGGAUUCGGCCCAGUGAGUCAACGGCAGCGGCUGAGACAGAAUUCCAUCGGAUGCAACAGCAGCAGGAUGGGUUUUUCUACUGAAGGACGGGCGGUGAUGAUGUGAAUGUUUGUUCUCCUGUGUUGUUUGAAGGUGGAUGAGUGGUGGGUGCGCGGUAGGGUGCUUGCCACGGUAGAAGCGGCGCGUUGCUAAGUGUUCAAACCUAGGGACCUGACAUCGGGGGCAGCGGUGCCAUUUCGAUCAUUGAUUCAAUUUAAUUUGUGCACCUCAGACACGGGGUGCGGAUGACGGAUUUACCCGCGGCCUGGCUAUUUAAAUUACUUUUAAAACAUAAAAGCAAAGAAACGAGGCGCGAGGGGAAGAGGUUGGGAGGAGUAGGCAGAAAGCACUCGCGCGGCGGCGGCUGAUUUCCCUGGAGCAAAUUAGCUCUAUAUCAGACCUGGCGACAGGCGGUAUUCUGGGUGAUAGGGAGCAGAGAGGGGGUGGAGGGGUUGGUGAGGGAGGAGGGCGGCCGCCCCCCGCGUGUCACUGCUUCAAUCUUCUAGGGGUCAGACGCAACAACAAUAACCACAUACACCACCUCGCUGUGAGCGACGGUCUACAAGCGGGGAGAGGUGACCAUUUAAGCGUUUUAUGCAUCUUCCUAGGCCUGAUUUCAAUUUCUUGAGAUAUAAUUUAGAGCCUUUCGGAUUAGGCCGCGUGCCCCUUGGAUUUUAUGGGCCUAGUCCACUACUCUUCCAAUUCGUGGGGCUCAUUCACUAUUUGAUUAUUCAACUGUGCUUCAACUGUGCAUAAGUGCUAUUGCCUACAUCUGAGUACUUAUACUAAUAUUUUAUAAUAUUGGAAUAUUCAUUAUAAGUCUUUGACAGUUAUUAUAAAAAUACAAAAAUCCCUCUAGGAUUUAUUUUCUAUUGUCAACAUUUUCACAAUUAGGCUAAAUAAAUCACAAAAAGUGAUUUGUGGAUGAUGUUUUGUAUCCUUUAAAUAUUCCUGGAUAACAUUGUUCCGAUAAUUUGUAAGUAAAUGAUCGAAUCAAAAUAAUGUAUGCCUGUUUUCACAACAUAACUAAAGUCUGGUUUUAUUCAAAUCUACCCGUUUGUUUAAAAAAAUUAUUGCAAGAAUAAAUGCACAGGCUUAGGAUAAUAGUAAAAAAAGUAUUUAGCAAAUAUUACUGCUUUCGAAAAGAGUUUGAAAAUAUGACGUUAUUGUUAAAUAACGAAUAUGAAAUUAAUUUCAUUUUAUUAUUCAUUCAUGUUUAUUCAAAAGCAAAUCGAAGAUGUGUUGUGUAUAGGUUACCAUGACAUUUUUAGGCCUAUACUUUAAACUAUGUUUUUCAAAGAUUGUUGCUGAGUGGAGCAUCAUGGAUAAAUACAUAUGAGUUGAUCAAAUAGUGUAUCAUGUUCAGUAACCUAUUGGCCAUUGUGAUACAACUAUGAGCAAGUGGGCUUUAUAUGUUGAUUUCAUAAAAAUGUCAAAAUAACUAUCACUUAGGACCUAUAACAGUUGCUAGUGAUUAUUGGACUCGUGGUAGAUUUGGUCUGGGGGUAGUAAUUACAAUAGUAUCUCAGGAGUUAAUGCCAUGACGACGACGUAUUCUGCGUCACCUGCUUGACCUGUUAGAAACCGGAUAUUUGUUAUUUUUUGAAGUGCUUAGGGCCCAACAAUGUUCACAUGACCUGAGGUGAGGACCACCUACAGUAGGACUAUGUCUGCUUUCGUUCACACACCUGCGCGCAUUCCUCUUCGGGGGUCAGUCAGAUGCUGCAGAUUGCGGUUGUUAAAGGUGGGAGACAACCGGGAGAUUCCCCAUAGUUCACUGACCGGAGCCGGGAGGAAGGAUGCCGUGUUGGUGCACCACAUGCAAACAUAUAGAGAGCAAAGCAAUUGUUAAUCUGCUUCUUAUUGCUGCAAAUAUCUUAACAUCUUAUGACACACGUCUAAAACUAACCGUGCUGAUUUAGAACGAGUUGUAAAGCCUAACUAGGAAUAUGGCAGACUAAUAACUGACCAAUUAUUAUUUAAAUCAUGAUGUUUUUCUGAUUACCUUAAUUUAUUAUGUUUUUACAUUAUUACCGAUAUGCUGUGGGCCUAUGUAAAUAGGCCUAAUUACGUAGAUGAAUUGAAAUGAGUCUUGGACAUGGAAGAAAAGACACCUGGAGUGUGACCUAGCUAUUCUAUGCUAAAUCAACUUUAUUAAUGCACUCUUUUACGGUUGAUGUAUAAUUCUAGCUCAUAAAGAUGAAUUACAUUAGUAUUUCAACCUGGAGAAACCCAUGGGUUUUAAAAUAAGCAAAUCGUUAAUAUUGUGCUAAUUAAAAUAUAAAUCACUUGCCAAUAUUUCCUCUGAAUAGACACGCAGAACAGAUAAUGAUAGCAGGAUUUAUUUGAUUUAGGCUAUAAAUAGAUGUCCAAAAUAUGGCUUGAGAUCCAAAUGUGCAAAAACUACAAAUCUGUAACAUACUUUUAUUAUUUUCAUCAUCAUUGUUAUUAUUAUAAUCACAAUGUGGUAACUUAUGUUUAAAUAAUCAUCAUCAUUAUUAUAAAUAUUGUAUCAAUUUGUACUAAUAGCUAUGUAAUAACUAUAACUACAGUACUUGUUAUAUUAUAGCCUAGACCACUUGUAUCUUGUUAUCUAAUUCAGGCGCGUUCAUAACGCAACAGUAGAAAAGGCUAAUAUUGCUACCAGCUCUCACAGUCUCACGUCACAAUUAAACACAGCAGAAAGUGUUGCUGACAGACAGAGGGAAAGAGGUUGGACAUUUCUCACGCAGGAGACGUGUGAGGCGCGUUCAGAGGUUUCUUGAGUCGCGUGGAAAUGAGAGAGUAAUUAGUUCAUUAGAAAACGGUCGACUAAACUCACCCCUCGAGUACCUGCAUUAGCCAAUCACAGCUCAGACAGCCACAGGGGUGGGGGAGACGGCGGCUGAAGGAGUGAAACACUUGCUUUAGUUGGUUAAGUUGCUAUUAAACACCAAGACCUGGCUGUUAGUCAUCACAUGUGAUGUGAAUGUGCGGAUAGAGGACAACAGAAACCAAAUGGACACUCGGAAAGCAUUGCACUUUAAUAUUUUGUUGUAUAAUUUUAUUUCCUAAUAAUUUAAGCUCUUCAGGGUUCUUCAGAGAAUAUUGUACCAAAACUGUUACAGGUAGGUGAUAGCGAGGGGGUGAGCUAAGCUAAGGAGCUUGCUAUCGAAACGCAUACUAAAAGUACCUUGUCUCAAUUGUAUUUAUCAUUGCUCUGACUUAUUUUGGUUACGAGAGGGUUGCACUGGCAUCCUCAGAGUGACUUGUAUAAAAAACGGAAACAUUUAAAACAGAAGAUUGGAGUUGGAGCUGUAUGCGCUCUGACGCACAGAACAAGUGUACAUUGGCAGGUCUGACCUUUGAGCAGCUCGCGGCAGUUUUCCUGAUGAGAGUCGGUAUGGAGAAAUCGAAUAAUUUUCGAAUCGAUGCUCUGCUGGCCGACGAGAUUCACCGGGCGAACAGAGACCUCUCCCCAGGUCUGAGCAGUGACAGCCCUGCGGGCAGCCCCGUGUCCUGUCGGCGAGCGGACACCCCGUCCCCGCGCAGGACGCCCAUCCAUCUUCAAACCGGGAUAAUCCCCAAACCGGGACUACUGAACCUCCCUCACACAGGACUCGCCUCACUACCCCAAAUGUACCCUGCCCCUAUGUACCCAAUGUCGGCUUUGGGUGGACAGCACCCUGCCUUUGCCUACUCCGGUUUCACACACCUUAUCCAGUCGUACCCAGACCACCUGAAGGCGGCUGCCAUGGCAGGGUCUCUCCCCCUGGAGCACUGGAUCCGGGCUGGAAUGAUGAUACCACGUCUUCCAGACUACAGUUCACCCCAGGCAGGACUCCUGGGGAAGUGUCGUAGGCCCCGGACGGCUUUCACCAGUCAGCAGCUACUUGAGCUGGAGAACCAAUUUAAACUCAACAAGUACCUGUCCAGACCCAAACGUUUUGAGGUGGCCACCUCUCUCAUGCUGACCGAAACACAGGUGAAGAUCUGGUUCCAGAACCGGAGGAUGAAGUGGAAGCGCAGCCGCAAGGCCAAGGAGCAGGCAUCUGCAUCUGCCCAGUCUGAGGCGGAGCGACUACGCACCGGGGGAAAACCGACCAAUGGCAAACCAGCUGAGAAUAGACGAGCUUCCACUCAGGAUGACGAGGGAGAGCUAGACCUAGAAGAAGCAGAGGAGGAAGAGGAGGAAGAGGAAGAGGAGGAGGCGCCACACGAGUUUGCUGUUACCAUGGGUGGCGCCGUGGGGUUGCAGCGUUCAACAGACUUUCUGAAGCUCACAGCGGAGCUUGGUUACAACCCCCACAGUCCCUUUUCUGAGGACGACUUAGUGGGGGUGACAGGGGGGGAUAGGAAGAUAGGCGCAGGGUUGUGAAAAGACAAAGACACACCCAGAAAGGAAAACGCCAGAGACACUGCUGCUUGACACUGGCUCUGGGAAAGUGGGGCUCUAUAGUGUAAAAAGAGAAACAAAUGGAUGUGCCAUUUCAAAAGCCUAUGACAGUGUUUUUUGUGUACAUAAUGCUUAACGCAAUGUAAUGUUUCUGUGACCCUGACAGAGUUGUUUAAGGCAGUGGUUUCCAAACUGUGGGUCACCCCCCCCCCCC